CUUAAACUGCAUUGAUCGCUCCUCGCGACUAGUAUGGUCUUAUUUAAGAUGGCGGCAUGAAGUAACGCGGUUAUUACAUGGCAACAUGUCACUUCUCAGAGUUUGUGCCUUUGCCAAAUGUCUGAAUCGUCGCAGUUUAUUUGAGAAGUUUGCUUUCCGCGGGUCUUUGUCGGACUCCUGUCAGCUAUGUGUGUCGAGAAGGAAUGGCGCAGUCAGACGAAUAUCAGACACAUCCUUGCAGCUUCAAAGGAGAAAUAUUUCAUUUGUAAUCCCAAAGACAGAAGAUGGAAAGAAACGUGUACUGGAACAGUCUCAGUUGUUAGAUGUGCUUGAGGCCAGAAUUGUCCAACUCCAAUCUGACGUCGUUCUAGAUGUCCAACAUGCAAAGGUGCAAGCCUCUGGAUCUCAGCCCAGCCGCUGGAUUAAAAAAUUAACAGAGGAGAGGAAGAAAAAAAUGAAGAAACAGCAGCUCCUUCAGCUGGCAGCAGAGAAGAAAAAUAAGGAGAAAACUACAACCAAAUCUAAAGGUAGCAAAAGCAGCAUGAUGCUCCAUAGUAUAUCACACAAAGCUAUAUCUACCACAUCUAAAAAAACUACACCUUUGAAUACAGGAAGCAGAAGUAAUCUGAAAUCGUCUGAUCAAAUGCAUGCUGCAGUUUCUUCAAAGGUUGCUGCUCCUACUGCUGCAGUAGGGUCAGCAGCAAAAUCAUAUAAAUUAUCUAAAGGGAAACAGAAGCACUCAAAAAAUCAGGUUUUCAGUGACGAGAGACAAAAGCAGACAGUUAAGGAUUCCCGGGACAUGGAUAAAGGACUGGCUGAGGUGAAAGGGCUGGACAAGAGGAAAGAUCAGCAAACAAGCCAGAAGAUGUCUCCAGGUAAUGCAAAAUGCCUCCAGGAGGACAGUGAAGGAAUUGCGUCUGGGGACAUGCAUCUGAGCAUCCGCUCUUACCUCGAGGCAUGUGUGUUUGCUGGGGACAUUGGUAGGGCACACAGUUUCCUACUCAGCCAACACAGAGUUUUGAGCCGACGCAAACAACUGAACACAGACAUCUACAACAUUAUGAUGAGGGUGUGGGCCAAGAAGGACACAUUAAAUCAGAUUGGUCGUGUAUUCAUUCUGUUAGAAGAGGCUGGUCUGAAGCCAAAUGCAGGAUCCUACCGUGCCGCUCUGGAGUGUAUGGGCCGCAGUUCCACCUGCUCCCCAAAGAUUGUCACAAGGUGCCUGAGCCAGAUGGAGGAGGAUGGUCUGUCUGUGGACGAGCUGUUCAGCCAGUGUGUGUUCCAGCAAGAUGAGAGAGACAUGGUGCUCAAGGCCAUCCGCCUUGUCCAGCCUGACUACCAGCCCAAAAUCAACAUGAACACAGAACAGUGCUCCUCAUCGCUGGUACAGGACCUCUAUUCACAGAGGGCAGACCACCAGUAUCCCAAACUUAACUUCACUAAGCAGGAGCUUCAGGAACGUUUCAAACGUCAGCUCAGCUUGGAACAGGCCUGCUCUAUAACCAUUGACUCUGUGGAAGGUGCCAAGCCAGUCACUGAAAACGUUAUCAAAAUGAGGGAGCUGCUGGCAGGUCAGCGGGCACAGUGGCGCAAGGCCCUCCUACAGGCCCUGAGGGAGAGCAAGGUGAUCCUUGCUAACACCAACACCAAGGGCUACAAGCUUAAUGUGUAUCCCUAUCUCUGUCUGCUGAAGGAUAGCGAGUAUGUUGACAUCAUGAUACAGAGACUGGCCAGCCUUCCUCCCAGUGGAGAGUCACUGAAGAGUUUAGCCAGCGAUCUGGGCAGCAGAGUCUACACCAAGUACUCUGUGCGGCAGAGGCAGCAAAGUCAGAUGGUGGAGAAGUUGAGCAACAUUUACAACGCUUACACAGACCUGCUGGCCAAAGACACGAAGGAGUGUGGUGUCCUCUCCCGGGAGCAGUGGUGUAAGCUCGAGGCAGAGCAGAGUUCGGGACCCACGCUGCAUGGAGGAGAGACCCACUGGCCAUACAUAAUAACACUGGAGCUGGGCACUUACAUGGUUGAUUUGAUGGUCAAGACCCUCAAAAUCAGUGAUGACAUUCUGAACCCAGCUGAUAACAGGAAGCUUAUCCCCAUCCUCUACCACAUGUACACCUUCCGUAGCACAUGGCAGAUUGGCUUCAUCAAGCCCCACCCGAUACUGGCUCAGAUUCUGCAGGAGGCCAUGGAGACCACAUUGACCUUUGACUCCUACGUAAUACCAAUGCUGUGCCCUCCUUUGCCCUGGACAUCUGCCAAGUUUGGAGCCUACCUGCUGACACCCAGCAAGCUGAUGCGCACAGUCAGCGGGGCCACACAACAUGAGGAGUUGUUGGAAAGGUGCCAGAACCUUCAUCCAGUCCUGGACUCUCUCAACUACCUCGGGAGCUGUGCCUGGAAGAUCAACAAACCCUUGUUGGAUAUUAUUAUCUCUAUCUUCAAUGAUCGGGGUAAUGAUAAGUUAGACAUCCCUCCUCCUCUGUCAGAGGCCCCCAAAGUACCCCAUUUCAACCCCCAAGAUUCCUCUUAUUCUGCCUCUGAGAAAGCCCACAUGAAGAAGGAGGUGGUUAACGCCAAAAAGAAAUAUAGUGAGAUGCACAGUCUGCGAAUGGAUGCUCUUUAUAAACUCUCUAUUGCCAACUACAUGCGGGAUGAAAUCUUUUGGUUCCCUCACAACAUGGACUUCCGGGGACGUACAUACCCCUGUCCUCCGUACUUCAAUCACCUAGGAAGUGAUGUCACAAGGGCUCUCCUGUUGUUUGCAGAGGGAAAACCCCUCGGUCCAAAGGGCCUAGACUGGCUUAAGAUCCACUUAGUCAAUCUUACAGGAUUGAAGAAGCGAAGCUCGUUACAGGGACGACUUGAGUACGCCAACACUAUCUUGGAGGACAUACUGGACUCUGCUGACAACCCUCUCAACGGUAAGAAGUGGUGGAUGAAUGCAGAUGAGCCUUGGCAGGCUCUGGGCUGCUGCAUGGAGUUGUCCAAUGCUUUGAGAUCUCCUGAUCCAACGCAGUUCAUCUCACAUUUUCCUGUUCACCAGGACGGCUCCUGUAAUGGUCUCCAGCAUUACGCUGCUCUAGGCAGAGAUGUUAUUGGUGCCACAUCAGUCAACCUCAUGCCCUGUGAGGUGCCCCAGGAUGUGUACAGCGGAGUAGCACAGCAGGUGGAGGAUUUCCGGGCGCGGGAUGCAAAGAACGGUUUGAAGAUUGCCCAGGCCCUAGAGGGCUUCAUCAGCAGGAAGGUGGUGAAACAGACCGUGAUGACUGUGGUGUACGGGGUCACACGCUACGGAGGACGCCUUCAGAUAGAGAAAAGACUGAAGGAGAUUGAUGAGUUCCCCAAGGAAAACGUAUGGGAAGCAUCUCAUUACCUGGUGCAACUGGUCUUCAGUAGCUUAAAAGAGAUGUUUACAGGAACCAGAGAGAUCCAGGAUUGGCUGACAGAGAGCGCCAGGCUCAUCUCCAAGUCUGGCCACACUGUGGAGUGGGUGACACCUCUGGGUUUACCCGUCAUUCAACCAUACCACCGAUCACGCAGCCAAGUGCUGAAGGGUGCAAUGCAAAAUAUCAACCUCAAGAUCAACCAUGACAUCAAAAAGAGGCCAGACACGGUUAAACAGAAGAAUGCCUUCCCGCCAAAUUUCAUCCACUCUCUGGACUCCACACACAUGAUGCUGACGUCUCUGUACUGCAAUAGUGCUGGCCUGACAUUUGUCUCAGUUCACGACUGUUUCUGGACCCACGCCCUCACUGUGGAUGCCAUGAACAAGAUCUGUCGAGAACAGUUUGUUGCCCUGCACAACCAGCCAAUCCUUCAAGACCUGUCCAACUUCCUGGUGAAGAAAUACUGCCCCGAGCUCCCGGCUGAGGCCAAUAAAAAGAACUACCAGGAGUACAGGAGGCUGAAGCUGCUGCUGUCCAAAGUGCCCCAGACAGGUGAUUUUGAUCUCCAGCAGGUGAAAGAAUCCACAUAUUUCUUCAGCUAAGAGGCUUGCGAUGGCGAGCCAGCGAAGGGAGAUGAGUGGGAUUGACACAUUGCAGUGGGGAGGCUGCAGGCCCUGCGCUAUUGACUGGCUUGGUCUCCCUCAAACAUCAGCACAUUGAUCCAGACACGCCUGCUUGCCUCCUGGUCCACAGACUGGCUGGAGCUGCUGGAGUUACCGGAGGCGUUCGCACACAGUGAACCUGCCUGAUUAACUGACUAGUGGGCUGACAGACGGGGAGUGAGAUACUCAUCCAGGCGUAAGAUGAGGGAAUCAGCACCAGAUGGGAAUGUUAAGACUUCAAUCAGUGAAAAGUACCUCUUAUAAUGGAUGUAUUUGGGUCCGUAUGUGUGCAAGUGCACAUACGUGAGCGAUACUGGCUGGGUCACAUGUGAGCUGUGUCUAUUUUUUCAUCGCUUAGCAAUACUUCUGCUGCUUGAUAAGUCUGAGUGAAAACUUCUUUCACCUGCAAACUGUAACUGACUGGUGGCGUGUGAGCAUUUUCAUGCUGUGAAGACCUCCACAGCGUUGGCCAGCCUCUGCGGGUGUCUCACCUAAUCAUCGAUUCCAUCACUUACUGGGUGGCAGGAUGCUCUUUGGCACAAUGUUCAAACAUUGAAACGUUUUCUGAGAAAGUUCGAAGAGGAGACGUUUCAGAGGAAAAGAAAGAGAAAAUGUGGAGGGAUGAGCUGAGGGGCUCAUACCGUUGCAUUGUAUUCCAGUGUACUCUGGAUUCUCACCUUCUUGGAGUGACUAAGCACUUGACAAUUGCCAUAAAAUAAAUGUGUUUCUUAAAAUGUCUCCUUAUUCAUUGUGUGCUUAAGUACAAUGAAUGAGACAGCCUUUUAUUUGGUUAUAUCGGCAUAUUUUGAUUCUAUUGUGCAUCGUGAAAUGAAGGCCUCCUUUUAGAUGUACCACAGAGGGUUUGCAGGCUUUGCUAAUCAACUCAGAUCUUAUUUUUCUGGGCCAGUGCUACAUCUAGAAGUAAAAAUAGCAGAAGUGCUAUCAGAUCGUUGCUGGAAACGUUACAGCAGUUUCAGACGAAAGGUGCCAUUGAUCUUCAAAGGCAAAUGUAGGCUCAGACAAACAAAGCUGCCUGUGUGACAAUAUAAUGAAAUGGAAAUAAUCUUCGAGAGGGCAUAAAUCAGGUGCUGAUCAGACUGCAGGUUUUCAGAUGAUUUGCAUGGCAAUGUGCACUCGCAGAUGAGCUUCAUAUUGAUGAUGUGAUGCGUGACCCGUGACUUUCAUCUGUUUGUUUAUUUAAAAAAUGAGCUUUUACCUAAAGACUUGGUUUUACAGUGAUUGUGCUCUUUGUGAGGAUCAGUAAUUAAUAUUGCCUAAUUACAGGUAUAAAAUGUGAAAAGAAAAGAAAAAAAAUGUGUCUGUUUCAAAGCAGAAUUUAUAUGAUUUCCAUUUUAUAAGAAAGAGGACACAAAAAACCAUUAAUAACUUUUAUUUGAUAUCUGUCUAUUUAUUGUGAUAUCUGUACACUAAAUAUAAAGCAAGAGCUAAUGCCUAGCUUAGCAUAAACACUGGAAAGAAAGGGAAAACAAAGGAAACAAAAUCCACCCAUCAGUACCUCUAAAGCUCACAAAUCAACAUGUUACGUUUGUUUUUAUAAUCUGUACAAAAUGUAGUGUAAAAACAAAUCUGAACAGUUUCUUGCUGGGGCACAGUAACAGCCGGAUGUCUACAGCUGGUAGUAUGUGGAUAUUGUUACCUUAUUGUGUAUUCUAAGAGCUCUUUUAAUACAGUCAUACUUUGAAAAGA